GGUGCCCGCCACGGCCUGACCAUGAGUGCCAAGCUGGCGCGCCUGGAGGAGCAGGAGCGAGCCUUCCUGGCCACGUACCGACACCAGGAGGGGCAGCACGAGCCCCCAGCAGAGAGGCAGGAAAAAAAGAAAAAGAAAAAAAGGAAACAGCCCAGGGACGCAGCUGAUCCCGAGGAGUGA